UAAAGGAACUUUAUUUAACAAUGAACGUACAUGCAAAGAAUUGUACAAAUAAUGUGAACAAACAAUUUAUCAGACAUGUUUUCAUAAUGACAAAUGUAUUUUGACAAUUUUAAAUUCUGUUGAUUCAAAAAAUAAACAAUAUAUUUUUUUAAAAAACAGAAGGGGGACAAGAGGAGGGGCAUCGUUGUUCUUUCUGGAACAGUUCUUCAAAUAUUUUAACAGUUUAAUUGCUUUUUGUUGUUUUGAUAUUAUUUAAUGUUUUAAUAUGUUCUUCAAAGUCAGUGGAUAAUUUACAUUUGCCAGUUUAAAUUUGUGAACUUGAAAUUUACCAAUUAGAAUUAAUAAAUUAAUUAGGAAUUCUAUUUCUUUAUGUUUGUGAUCAAAUGAAGUUAUGACACUUUUACAAUCAAUUUUAACAUCAAAUUUAGUUUUACACAAUAUAUAAUUCUUAAUUUUAAUCCAGAAAAUAGUUGAAUACAGACAAUGGAAAAAUAGAUGACAUAAGGAUUCGUUGUCAUUUUUAAAGAAGAUAUAUUUAUUUUCAAUUUCUAAAAAUUGGGAUAAUUAUGAAUUUGUUGCAUAUAUAUUGUGUACAACAUUCAUGUGUACUUGUUUAUUAUUAAUACAGAAUAAACAUGGUACCAGCCAUGCUCUUAGCAAAUCAAUGUCUGUUAAGAUACCAUUCCAGGAAGCUUUUAAUCAGGGAUUUAUUCUUAUUUUUUCGUACAAACAGUUCCUAAUAUGUUUAUUAUUACAUCCAUAAUGUCUAUACCAAAUAAUAAACAGAAGGGCUCUUCUGCUUUAAAUCUCCUUUUACGCAAACAGCGUAGCUUACGUCCUUCCGCCAUGAUGGAUCUGGCGCGCGUCCUACGUACGUUUUCUACGUAGCGGUGGAGCAGGACGGGAAAAGCACUCUGUCACAGAAACACUGUCAAGAAAAGAGGCUUUUUACGGCUUUGUUAGCCAGCUAGAGUCAAACAGCCCGAGCUCAGCCCUUGUUGGAGGGACAAACAGCGACAGUCCCGGCAGCUGCGUUAUUUCCUCAUAAGAGUAGCAGAAGUAAGUAGCAAUGCCUGAAAAACAUGUCUCACAAAGAAGAUAAUGAAGGGAAAAGGAGCCCUCACGUCACUGAUUUGUACGCCAGCGUCCCUCAAACAUGUCUGCCCAUCGUGUACCACCCAGACUACAACAUCACCUUCAUGGGCCUUGAGAAGCUCCAUCCAUUUGAUGCGGGAAAGUGGGGGAAAGUCAUCCACUUCUUGAAAGAGGAGCAGUUUAUCACUGAUGGGAACAUCGUGGAAGCCCGUGAAGCUACCGAGGAGGAUCUGCUGGUGGUUCACACCAAACGUUACAUCAACAGAUUAAAGUGGUCUCUCGUGGUGGCAACAAUCACAGAAAUCCCGCCCCUCCUGUUUCUACCUAAUUUCCUGGUGCAGCGGAAGGUGCUGAGGCCUUUGCGGACGCAGACAGGUGGAACAAUAAUGGCAGGAAAACUGGCUGUUGACCGAGGAUGGGCCAUAAACGUAGGAGGAGGUUUCCACCACUGCUCCGGCGACAGGGGAGGCGGCUUUUGUGCUUACGCUGACAUCACUCUGACCAUCAAGUUUCUGUUUGAGAGAGUGGAAGGCAUCUCCAGGGCUACCAUCAUCGAUCUGGAUGCUCAUCAGGGAAACGGACACGAGCGUGACUUUUUGGAUGACAGGCGAGUGUUCAUCAUGGACAUGUAUAACCGCUACAUCUAUCCUGGAGACGGAUAUGCCAAAAGAGCCAUAAAAAGGAAGGUGGAGCUGGACUGGGGCACCGAAGACUCAGAGUACCUUCAGAAGGUGGAACUCCACUCCGAGGGAGCUCUGAACGAGAUCCGAUCCGAUAUCAUCGUUUAUAAUGCAGGGACUGACAUCCUGGAUGGAGACCCCCUCGGAGGACUCUCGAUAUCGCCACAGGGAAUUGUAAAAAGAGACGAGAUCGUGUUCAGGGCUGCGAAGCGGCGGGGCAUCCCCAUACUCAUGGUGACAUCCGGGGGAUACCAGAAGAAAACAGCCCGCAUCAUCGCCGACUCCAUCCUCAACUUGCACCGUCAGGGCCUGAUUGGAGCCGAGGCCGUGGAGGGGGAGGGAUCGUCGUCGUCGCUGGUGACCCACAUGAUGCGCGGCUCCGGAUCGGCAGGAUCGACGUUCACUGCCGUCUGAGGGAGCAUCCGUCACGGAGAUAACGCUCACAGGUGUGACAUUUAGAGGCACUGAAGUAACUUUAUAUCGCGCAAUUACUGUGCGGCAGCAGCAGCGACGACGACGGUAUUCUGCUGUUGUUGUUGUUGUUGUUGUUGCACAGAAAUGUGUUGUUUAAAAGUUUAUGAUGUGGUGGGAAGUGGUGUUAGGCAAAAAAAAAAAAAACAUAAAAAUAUUCAUGAGCUUUGGUACAUUUGUACAUUUUUUAUGCGGAAGUUGACAGACACUCAAAGGGAAUAAUCGUUCAAAGAGAAAAAUUGUACUAAAACAAUAGCAUUCUCAUGGCUGCAUCUGAUUUCACGAGCUCUCAUGUGCCACAAAAAAAAAAAAAGAGCUGUUUAAAUUUUAAUCACUUGGAAAGUAAUGGGUUUUAUGUUUAAUGUAUGUUUGGGGCAGCGUUUGAGAGGUAUUUUUUCAUCUCAGGAAAUACAAUAAUGUUAUUUAUGGAGCAUAUGAUGUAUUGAGGUUUGAUUUACUUACACAUACAUUGAAGGAAUAUUAACUGUCCUCCAUCGGUUUGUAAUGAUGGAAGAGAAAUAUGAAGGUAACUGCAGAUAAAAACUGUCAAGCUUAAUCAAAUGUUGAUGUUUAACCUUCUAACUGAAGAUCAUAUCUUUUAUUCCUCAUUUUGUUUUCACAUUUAUACUAUAUAUUGAUGUUAAAAUGAAUCGUGUUCCAUUAAUUAAGAUUUGUUUUAAUGUGAUCUCCUUUAAAUCCACUCUGAUAUCUUACAGUUAAUGUUUACAUGGGGCCCUGUGUGAUUCUUAUAGAAGACGCUAAAAUGGUUUGUUUCUACAUUCGAACAGAUUAAAAUCAGUCAAACAUGUGACUUUAAGCACUUUAACCGUCGCACAGUGAAACAGAAAUUCACCAACAUUCUCAGACUCCUGAAUCUGAUGCUGAUGAUCGAUGUGGGAGCGUUUCCACAUCACGUCCAAAAACCAAAGUGUUUGGUUCGUAAAGCGGCCUGCACAGUGGAGCGCGUCACGGGGUUCGCUUCUGAUUGGUUGCAGAGCUCCUCUAAUGAUGUUUACAUGUAUAGAAGGUGUGUCGAUCAGUGUGAUCACUGCAGCAGCUGGAACAAAAUCACAGCUUCCAAAAGACACGAACAACGUCAUGCAAUACGAGCUAAGUUGUGCACAGCUGCGUGUGUGUCGAACCGCUUUAGAGUUCGCUGCUUGAACAUUUGGUUGAAGAAUUACUUUGGUUUCUUACAACCUGUUUGUGUUUUGUUGUUAAUUUUUUUUGACAUUUGCUGAGAAAUUGCCGAGAUCUGAGAAUGUGGCAAAGAUCACAAAAACAAAGCUUUGGUGCUGCAGAAGCUCAGUUCCUGGAAAACAGCGACAGAAAAAUGGCUCCUAUCAAAUAUAUCUAAUGAGUUUUUCCUAUUUCACGGCAUUUUCAAACAAUCUUAUCCCUCUUAGCCUCCGUUACUUCUACGAGCUGUUCAGAUCCUCCUUGCAUACGCAGCGUCAUUCAGUCCAGUCAUAAUGAGAUCUGCAGCUUUUAUUUGAACCAGUCCAAACGGAAUCACAGAUAUCCUAUAACUAACAAAAAUCAACAGAUUCUGACUAAUCAGAGUGUAACUCCGACUUGUCAGAAUUAUGCCGUUCGUAUCUAAAUUUAACUCUGAAUAGUCGGACUAUUAAAUAUUACAACACGUCUCAGCGUCUGACUGCUCUGGGGUUUUUGUCCCAUCAGAUUGUUGCAGUGUUUCUAGAUGUCAGCAGUUCCUGACGUGAAUACAAAGUGUCUGAUAAUCAAAACCCAAGUAGUAAUAACACCACAAAAAAGCCUCAAUUCAUGCUUUUGGAAGCACAGUUUGGAUUUUUUAAUUCAAAUGUAUCACUCUCUGGGUAGAUUAUCUCCAUUUCUGACACCGAGAAGACUGAAUUUAAAGACGCAUAACUCAUGACUAAGCUCCAGUAAAAGACAGGACAUGUAAUCUCGUCACUUUGUUAUCGACACCCUGAGGGACGCUUGCACCCAUGUUCACAUGUGGAAGCUGCACCGCACACCGGGAGAUGUAACGCUGGCGUCUGAGUACCUAAUGCUACUUUUAAUGUGGCCAAGGAGAUUUUAAUAAUUAAACCACAUCCUCUGCGGACUUUGUCUGCCGUUGCAUCCGACGUGUUUUGCUGUUUUGCGGUUGAGUGGACCUGAAGUGGCAGCUGGCAGGUGGCGCCGUAAUGAUUUUUUUCUAAUGUAUUUUCACAUUCAUUAUCUUCCACUGCUCUGGCUUCACUCUACAGUUAAAAAAAAAGUAGAAAAGUUGGGACUGGAAUGCAGACUUGUGAUUAUUUAAAGGAUGAAAAAGACCUAUCUUUGAACAGUGGUGUCGGGGUGCUUAUCCAGGAAGCUGUUUGGACACAUUCAUAAUGAAACUGUGAAAGGAAGGCCAUAUUAGCGGUGUCAGUGCUAAUUAGCUAAAGCCUUUGAUCUGGCGUGCUGCUUUUGAAUGCAUCUAAAAAGGUUUUAGUGCAGUCUACCUUUAAUUAGGACUAUGUGACUUAUUGUUUGCAGUCUUGUCCUUAACACAUGAUGCCAUCCCAGAUUCAUGAGCUCCUUUCUGUGUCGGCCAACGUUUUAACCGUUGAUUGAAUGUCGCGUGCCAAAAAUAACACUUCAGAGCUGUACUGUAUAUUUUUUAAGUGUUUGUGGAUUGUGCUGACAUUGAAAACUACUUCUAUGCAUUCAUGACGACAUUGAAUAAAUCCUAUAACAACCAAAA